AUGGAGGACCUUAUGUGCCUCGGUGUUGAAAUUGAUACCUCUCAACCAUCAUUUGAUUCUCAUAUUUCUCCAGGUACUAGGGUUGGCAAAGGAUACGGGCCGGGGUGGGGGGGCAUCCCCCAGUCCCGUCCCCAUCGGGGAAAUUCUCCUCUAUCCCCACCCUUGCCCUCGCCAUUUGAAGGUGGAGAUGGGGGUGGGGAUUCCCCAUCGGGGAAACAGAGUCCCCGCGGGUACCCAUUUCCUGUUUCCCCUUGUAUUGAAUCGGAUGCCGAUAAAACUGUUCAAAAUGUUGAAAGUAUCGAGGCCAAGGCUCUAAAUAUGUUGUCAAAUGUUAUUGCAUUUGAGGUGGUUAAUGAAUUUAAGGAUGUGGAAAAGGAAGAUGAUCUUAAGAAUUCUAAGUAUCGAAAUGAUAUUAGUCACUCGAGUAAAGAAAGUUCUGAGAACGAAACUGAAGAUCAGGUCUUUGAGCUUACAAGGGGUGUCAAAUGUGCUUGGCUCAAGAAUGGUCAAUUUCCUUGCUCCGAUCUCAGUAUGAAAAAAAUUCUGAAGCAGAAGCUGCAAUGGCGGAUUUCAGGUGGAGUAACUUCCAUGGACGACUUUCUGAAGCAAUUCUUCCCAAAAGUCUACAAACGCAAACAACUUCAUUUCAAAGAAACAGAUUACUGCAAAUACGACGAUCAAAUCCUCACUCGCUUCACUUCCUCUCUUUACUUCGCCGGUCUCCUCUCCACCUUCUUCUCUUCUCACAUCACCAGAAAACAUGGCCGUCGUGCAAGCAUUCUUGUCGGAUCCGUCUCCUUCCUCGGCGGCCUAAUCAACGCCGUCGCAAUCAACAUCGCUAUGCUCAUCAUCGGCCGAAUCCUCCUCGGAAUCGGUAUCGGAUUCGGCAACCAGGCCGUUCCAUUAUACCUUUCCGAAAUUGCUCCGGCCAAAAUCCGAGGCCGAGUGAACCAAUUAUUCCAAUUAACCACUUGCCUAGGGAUUCUGAUAGCCAAUUUCAUCAAUUACGGAACAGAGAAGAUUCAUCCAUGGGGAUGGCGAUUGUCGUUAGGGUUAGCGAUGUUUCCCGCGGCAAUAAUGUUCAUUGGCGGUUUGUUUCUUCCUGAAACGCCUAAUAGUCUCGUGGAACAGGGGAAAUUAGAGGAAGGGAGAAGAGUUCUUGAGAAGAUUCGAGGAACUGCGAAUAUCGAAGCGGAAUUUGCGGAUCUUGUUGAUGCGAGCAAUGCGGCUAGGGCUGUGAAGAAUCCGUUUAGGAAUUUACUGCGGAGGAAGAACCGGCCGCAAUUGAUCAUCGGAGCGGUUGGGAUUCCGGCGUUUCAGCAGCUUACGGGGAACAAUUCGAUUCUGUUUUACGCUCCUGUGAUUCUGCUGAGUUUAGGGUUUGGAUCGGCGGCGUCUCUGUAUUCAUCUGCGUUCACAAGCGGAGCUUUGGUUGUUGCGGCGCUGAUUUCAAUGUUUCUUGUGGAUAAGUUUUGGAGGAGGAAAUUCUUCCUUGAAGCUGGAUUUGAAAUGUUCGUCUGCAUGAUAGCGGGCGAUAACACUGAAAAUAAACUUGGGACAAGGAAAGGAGCUAUCGAAAGGCGUAAGCAUAUUGCUAGUGUGCGUGAUUUGGCUAUUCGUUUUAGCGUACGGAAGGUCAUGGGGCCCAUUAGGAUGGCUAGUUCCUAGUGAGCUAUUUCCAUUGGAAACAAGAUCCGCCGGCCAAAGCAUUGUGGUCUGUGUAAACCUUUUCUUCACAGCGCUCAUUGCUCAGUGCUU